GCGGAAAGCCGGUUAGUCGGUCUCGAUCCCGCGUGCCGUUCGUGCGUUUGUCCCUGGCCAACGUUUCUUUCUCUGGCCUUCCCUCCCACCCCUGCCCUAUCCCCUCUCCCGCCUAAUUUCGUUCCGCGAUCCAUCCAAAAAAUUCCAUCCCGCCGUAUAUUUUCGUUACUCUCGUUUCUCCCCAAUUUCUCGUGAACGGAAGAUAUACGAACAUUUUCCAAGUGCGCGCACGUGGAUAGGAUUUAUAGAACGAUAUACGUUCGAGUCUGCGCGUCAAAGGAAUUCACUAGCAGAAUUACUACGCACCGUGCGACAUUAUCCGUAACAUCGUAAAUCGAGUCGACGAUCGGAAGGGAACGGUUGUGCGAUUAUCGUUCAAAGUAUAUAAACCAAUCUCAUCUCGCGUUCGACACGUCACAUCGUAUAUAUACAUAUAUAGAUAUCCAAAGAGGGUGGCGCGAAAAGAUCGAAUUGGAGGAUUAUCGAGAUUAGAGAGAUGGAGAGAGGGGACGCGAGCGAGGCAAGGAGAUGUCGACGGAACGAGGAAAUUAACGUAGGUUGAAAUGUUGGUGUUGACAUCGCUAUGAACGAGAGCCGGUGCUACGUCGAUUCGGCCGUGCUCGCUGAACAUCAACCGUUCAACCGGAAUGGGAAGGCACUCAGGGGAUCGAAGAAGAGCGUGUUGUUCUACACGACCGAUUGCGGGGACGGGAAAGAAGAUCUCGGGCACAAACUUCAGCAAAGAUCCGUGUCUCUGACUGCUCUACACACGGGAAAUGGGACGCAACAGCAAUUUCUAGAACCGAGAAUGGCGCAACUGGAGACGUUGGAGGCGAAGAUGGCCAGCAUCGAAGUAUCGCUGUCGACCACGCCGAGAAGGAAGAAAGGUGGAAGUAUUUCCGGUGGGUUAACGUCCCCUGCCCAUCGAAACUCGAGGGACCAUUACAAGGAGCUGGACGCUCUUAGAAUCGCGCUGCGCGACAAGGAGAACAUCAUUCAAACGUUGAAAGGGCAGCUGUGCAACACGCUGACGAACAGGCUGGCAUUGCGCAACGGCGGCCCGCCUUUGACCGAGGCGGACCGAAAAGCGACCGAAGAACGACUCCAAAGGUUGCGUCGGGACGCGGAUAACAAGCGGUUAGCGAUCAAGAAUUUAAAAUUAGCCCUCGAACGACUGGACAUCACCGACAAUAUCGACGUUCGGAUUCAACAAGCCGAGCUGGAGUACAGACUUGGACGCGAGGAACUGGAACUGUUGACGCUUCGAGAAGAGAGCAGAGCCCUUCAGGCCGCCCUGGAACUGGCGGAGACCCAGGAAAAGCAGAAAAACGAUACGAUAUUUAGUUGCAUCUCCGGCUCCGCUCAAGCGACGAUCCACGCGGUGGAAGUCAGCGCAGAUCCGAAAAGUCCCCGUUUCGGAGCCGGGCCGAGAGAGGACACCCCCGGCUUGUACGUCGAUUGGGCGGUCGAGGAUUCCGGAUUGUGCAAGGGGGAUAGAAUCUUGGAAGUGAACGGAAAACUGGUGGUGGGAGCGGGGAGAAGCGAUCUAGCAAGGCUGCUGGCCGUGGCACCCGACGCGGCGCAAAUCGUGGUACUUCGAAAGGGCGAGUCCCUCACAGCGCUCCGCACCCUCAGAUCCGAUAAUCUUAGAUUGACCCACAGGAUCGGUUAUCUGGAGGAGCAGGUCAGGGAUCUUCUCGCGCCGAGCAGAGCCGAGCAGGUCCCAGCGGAUCCUCCGCCCACCCGUCAAGAACAAGUUCAGGUUUUUCAAAAAGGGCCACAGGUGACUGCGCUAGUCGCGAAUCUACCUGGUCUCAAUAUAAGAAAUUCGAUGGAAUUGCGGCAGAGUUUGCCGACGGUAAGAAACAGGCAUAGCGAUCACUCGAAACGUUCAUCGACGGACGUGAAAAUUUCCAACGAGCUCGAUUCCUCGUUGGUUAGCGUUUCCAACGGUCAUCACAAAUCGCGAACUAAACAAAAACAUCAAGGAUCUUCGGUAACUGGAUCAACCGCGAGUUUGGAGGCGCAAACCUCGUCGCAGUUGCAGCAACGUAGGAGGCCACCGCGAGUCGAGUCAGCUAUGGAACAUUUGUCCAACAAUCGGAAAAAUUCGUCUCGAGCGCAACCGUUCGACUUCGAUUCCGAACCAACCUAUUAUCGAUUGCAGGACUCUCAAUCGCGAACGUCGGAGAAUUCCGACGUGUCGGUGGCGUGUGGUUCUCAGGAAUCGAAAUCUCGUCCGGCACCGCCGAAAAAACCGCUUCGAUUAUCCUUACAUCGUGCAGCUAGUCUUCAAUCCGUAGAAAGUGCGCCGCCAGCUACGCUUCAUGACGUGGUGAAAAAACCGAUAAAGAGAAAUCAUAAAAGUGACCCAUCACCGUUCGAAAAAACUAUUCGAGCGGAAUCGAACGGAGAAGCGAAUAAUCAAACGGAAGAACCGUACUCUAACGCGUCUCAACCCCCACCAAGGACACCUUCCAGAGCGGAAUCUUGUCAGAGCGCGUUACGAUGGCCCUCCCCUAAGCCGAGACCUCAUUUGACAUCUGUCACCAUGGAGAAGUGGUGUUAGACGGGAAAAUAAAAUAAAUACGAACGACCUUUUAACGUCAUCUUCCAUCUUACUCCAAGAUGGAUCACGGCAAUUUUUAUACGACGUGUAAAUAAUAUUUUUAAACUUUUUUAUUAACGCGAAUUUUACCAAAAGACUGAACUUACAUUUCGAAUUUAUUGCAUUGAAUUUUUCUUUUAAAUUUCACGUUUUUCAACGAUCCAACUACACAUCGAACGCGUAAUUCAAAGUAAAGUAUUCCGUUAUACAUAUAUUAUUAUCUCGAAUUACGAUCGAUUAAUACCGAACAAAUUGUAUUUAAUCGUACAAAACUUAUAUUCGUUCUAGAAUCCUUUUUUCUUCUUACUUCUAAGCGAUUGUAAUAGCUCUUUUACGUAUAUACGUAUAUCGUAACAAUAAUAUCAAAUCUAUAAUAUCUUUUUUCAAUUGCUAGUCCAAAUAUGUAUUUUAUAAUUAUUAGUAUUAAUUCAAACGUUUCAUGAUGAAAUGAUCGUUUCUAGGAACAAAGGCAUUUUAAAAGUAAAAAAUUAUAUAAUACAAGCAUAUAAAUAAAUUUUUUUCUCUCUAAA